GACGGACGGACUAGGAGCCGCCCGGGACCUCCGCGAGCGCCCCCCCCCUGACUUUUCCGGGCCGGGAGAGCCGAGCGCGCCGCUUCUGCGCUGCCGGGCAGAUGAUGGGCUCCAGGCGGAGGCCUCUGGGCCGCUCCUACUCGGGCAACGGACCUUACACGGCGCCCAGCCCCGGGCAGGGCAGCGACGGCGAGGACAACGGGCCCUUGGUGGAGAACCGGCCCGAAAGGCGCAGCUACUUGCUUAGCGUGCGCCCGGAGAACAGGAGCACAUUCUGUGCCAUCAUCGCUCAGCUGACGGAAGAGACCCAACCCCUCUUUGAAACCACUCUCAAAUCGUACGCUGUGUCUGAGAAUGCGGAUGCCAAGUUCACAUGCAUCGUAACAGGAUACCCACAGCCAGAAGUGACCUGGUACAAAGACGACGAAGAGAUGGACAGAUACUGCGGCUUGCCAAAGUAUGAGAUCUUCCGUCACGGGAACCGACACACGCUGCAGUUGUACAAGUGCAGAGAGGAAGAUGCGGCCAUUUACCAGGCCUCGGCCAGAAACAGCAAGGGCAUUGUGUCCUGUUCUGGUGUCCUGGAGGUUGGCACCAUGACGGAGUACAGAAUCCACCAGCGGUGGUUUGCUAAACUCAAGCGCAAUGCAGAAGCCAAGAUGCGGGAGAUUGAGCAGAGCAGGAAGCGAGGGAAGGAGAAUGUGGAGAUGGAAGUGUUGAGGAAGGUGAGCCCGGACAGGUUCCAGCGGAAGCGCCGGCUGACGGGGGAGGUGGGCAUGCGCUCAGGCACCUCCCUCUGGGACACGGAGGACGUGGCCAAGGUGCGUAUCCCGGAUGGGAAGCCACGAUUCGGCGAGGACGAGAAGGCCAAGAGCAGGGAGCCUCCGCUCAACGCCAACGCCACCCUGUUCUCAAAUAACUUCAUAACGGGACGGCUGGAGUCCGAUGUGACCGCCAACGGGGACUCUUCUCUCCAGAGCGGGGAAGAAAACGGGGAAGAAAACGCCAAUGGCUUUCUCACGUAUAUCUACGAGACGGUGGAGAAGAUUAAAUCCAAGCCCACGGGCAAGGAAUUUUCUGCUAAGAAGAAGAAGAAAGAGGAGAAUGCUCCUGCCCUGCUGAAUGCAAGCAGGGAGGCUUCCCGACAAGAGGAUGGGACGCAGCACAGAAGAAACCUCUCGGCCCAGAAAGAUGCCAGACCCAUCGCCUCGUCUAAAAACGCAUCUCCCAGAACGACGAACGGGGAACUCAUGGAAGCUGAGCCCGGUGAACUUCCAAGUUGGGGUACCAACCUCCCCGCGCCCCAGCCGUGUCCCACACCUUCCAAAGCGGACGUGUACUUUUCUCUGAAAGAUAUGUAUUUUGAUAUCGGGGUGACACCUGAAACCGAACAGAAGGCACCGGAAGCAAAGACAGGCAGAGCAGCUACGGCGGCUUCCGUUCCAGCAGAGGCCCGUCCAGCGACUGGUCUCGCUUCGAGAAGGGCCAAACCGGAGCAAAGGAAAAAGGAAUCCCACGUGGAGCGUAAAGCCCCGGAAACCGAGCCCAUUGAGACGGGAGACGCCAAAACGGCCACCGUCGACACAGCCGGGGACUCAACCCCAAAAUUAUUCCAGGAUCCUAAGUGGGCUGCAGAGCCCACAGCAGAGGCGCGGCCUUCCCUUUGGUCGGGAGACGUGGCGGACACCCCUGACGAAAGUGCUGUGGAAAUGGAUUUUCGGCAUCCCGACCGAGCCUCGGAGACUGAUGCUGGCCCGCGGCCUCCAUUCCCGAAGGCGGACGAGUGGCAGGGGCCUGACGGGCGCAUUCGUGGAACGGACUUGCUGGACUCUUUCCCUGCAGAAAUUGAGCCGUCCCGGACAUCCCCGAACCUUCCCCAGGAGACUGGGGGUGGGGAUGCAUCCCAGCGCUUGCAGGAAGCGAGGCGAGACUUGCGAGGGGUCUCCUUGGAGGAGCAGCUGCACAGCCGGGGGCCUUGUGAGGGUCCGGAAAACGGAACGCUGGUCUUGCCUGCUGCUCACAACCUGCAAACGCCAGAUUCAAGUCUCGGAGAAGAAACAAACCAAGAAGUCGGUUACUCCCCGUUGAGGGAAACGGCCCCUGGAGAAAUAGAGGCCCAAAAGCCUGAGGGGAGAAGUGGUUCCAGCCCAGAGACCCGAGAGCAAAGUGUGGGGGUGCUAAGCCAGGAAGACACGCAGGACACCUCAUGGACUUCCCGGAAUCCUCUAGCCUUUGAUCUCACACUGCCAGUUGGGAAGGAACCUCUGGUUUUGAAAGAAGACGUGAGGAAGCCUUCCUCAAGCUUCCUCGGUGAAGAAAUCCAACCCAUCCCAGUUCCAAGUCCUCGGAGGAAAAAGAAAGUUGCUCCCGGGUUACCACCUCAGGAUGCCAAUCUUGAGACUGGGCCUGAAGACCUCUUGGAUCAACCUGCCCCACAGACGGAAGCAGUGAGCCCAGGAAAACAAGGAGAAACAUUGGAGUUCUCGGGGGACAAGAGGCCUGGGCUGAAAAUGGAUUUGCAGCUUGAGGGCGAGAGGCCCCCAGCAGUGACGGCCAGACCGUUACUGUUCCCAGAAGUCACCGCAGAAGCCCCGGUUCCCUACCAAAGUGUUUCAGGGGAGCCCCCCACGAUUCCGGCAGCGGAAAUGCCUCCGGCACGCCACAAACUCCAAGAAUCGACUCCGUUUUCUCCGGACGAAGGAGGCCUCAUGGAGAGGAACCAGUCUGUGGCCCAUUUGCUGAGGGAUGUUAAGAGAGAAAUAGAAACCUGGCCGCAAGCUCGGCCGGUGGCUUCAGAGCCUGAGCGCCAGCUCACCAGCACUGCUGUCGAGGAGGUCCACGUCACGGAAGAGUCCCCGACUCCUCCGGGGAGCAAAGAAGAUGAAGGGGAGGCUUUCCCUCUUGGCGAGAAGCCAGAGGUCAGGGCUAAGGAAAGGGAGAAAACAGCCUCCGAGUCACCCAUAACUCAGGACUCAUGCCAGCCUGAGACCUCCAUGGAGGAGGAGCAAGUGUUGGACCAGACCCAGCACCAAAACCUGGUCUCCUCCCUGAAGAAUUAUUUGCUGCUCCUCCUGAAGAUGACCACGGAACCGGAGAAAAGCAAAGGCAGUGCCAAGCAGGAAGCAAGAGUGGUGGAGGAGAGGAGCCCGCUGACGGCCAUCCCGAGGCACCUGCCCGAGGUAGGCAUUGCUGGGCUGACCCCCAGGACAUCCAGGAAGAUCUUUGAGCGGGUGGAAACCAACCAGCUCUUCCAAAGCGCGGAGAGCCUGCAGCUGACUCCCAAGACGUCCAGGAAGCUCACAGGAAUGAUCAACCAGGAGCUGCUGGCUUGCGAAGGGAGCUUGGUGGCUGAACCAGAGACGCCUCCGUUGCCCUGCGUGCCUUCGAUUGUGGUGGGGAGCGUCUCCGGCGAGGCGGUGGGGCUCCCGGAUCCGUCGCUGGAGAUUCCUAGCGAAGCGGCGCUGGCGGCGUUGCCUAGCGCCACCCCGCAGGAGCUGGCGUCCGGGGCGCGGCGUAAAAUCUUCCUGCCCAAAGCCAAGCAGGCCGACGAGGUGGAAGGGGCGCCCCCGGAAGGCCAGGUGCGGGCCAAGAGGGACAGCCCCAGCGUGUCCCCGCAGCAAGGCCGCAGGAACGCGACUCUUUUGCAGACCCCAACCCCGGCUUCUCCUCCUGCGGAGAGGCGCUCCCCGACCCUGGUCAGGAAGAUGGCGACGUUAGAAGUGCCCAAGAUAUACGAGGAGACCCCGGAAGAAAGCAAGACCACGGUGGACGGUUCCCCGGCGGCACCGGAGAGCCUUGAAGUGGCCGCGCCGGACGUUCAAGCUAUGGAGUCCCGGAAAACAAACGACCCAUUCAAAGCCCCACAGGUCAUUCGCAAGAUCCGAGCUGAGCAGUUCUCCGACGCCUCCGGAAACCUGAAGCUCUGGUGCCAGUUCUUCAAUAUCUUGAGCGACUCCAAGCUGACCUGGUACAAGGACGAGGUUCCCGUGGCGGAGGCCAAGAGGAGCUCCGGGGACGAAGGGCAGGCUGCCCUGGCCAUUGUGCAAGUCUCCCUGAAGGAUGGCGGCGUCUACCAGUGCACUGUCCGGAACGAAUACGGCACGGACUCCACUGACUUCCUGCUGAGUGCUGAAGUGCUUUCGGGAUUUAUCUCCAAAGAAGAAAUAGAAGCUGGGGAGGAGAUCGAGAUGACGCCCAUGGUGUUCGCCAAAGGUCUGGCGGAUUCUGGCUUCUGGGGGGACAAGCUCUUUGGCCGGAUCAUGGUGGAGGACCUGGCGGCAGGCCAGGGCUUCCUGCGCAAGGCGUGCCGUGCCCGGGCCAUCUACGGCCUCGAGCCGGUCUUCGAGUCCGGGCUGACGGGCGUCAUCAAGGUCCGCAAUCUCAUUGCCUUUGGUGGGCGUAGCGAGAGCACGCUGGUGGAGAGGAACUACGACAUCACCAUCCAGGAGUGCAAGAUCCAGAACUCUAGCCGGGAAUACUGCAAGAUCUUCGCUGCGGAGGCCCGAGCCAUCCCUGCCUUUGGGACAGUGCCUGAAAUAAUCCCUCUUUACCUGAUCUACCGCCCGGCAAACAAUAUUCCCUACGCCACCAUGGAGGAGGACCUGCCUGGCCUGUUUGAGCGCUACUGCGGGCGAGAGCGAGACGGCGCCAGCCUGGUGCCAGCCAGCUCCUCCGAGGUUGGGCAGAAAUGCUGCACCUUUCAGCACUGGCUUUACCUGUGGACGAACGGCAACAUCCUAGUGACGGACUUGGAAGGUGUUGGGUGGAAGGUCACCAAUGUGAGGAUUGCUACCAAAACGAAGGGGUACCAAGGCCUGAAGGAGAGCUGCUGCCCUAACCUGCUAGACCAAUUUGCUGCCUCUCACCAGUGUAACCGCUACUGUGAGCUCCUGGCCCUGAAGAGCCUUGAAAUUCCUCCGCCUCCCCCGAAAGGCAAGGGCUCUCGGAGCCCCAACAUGGGCAGAAAGGCCCCCUCGGCCCAGUCCAGCCCCCAGCUCCAGAAGAAAGGCCUGGCCAGCCCCCAGGCCUCCAGGAAAGGUUCUCUGAGCCCCAAGAGCGCCCGAAAGGGCCCUGACAAUGCGGGCGAGCCGAGGCCCAGGGGAAAGGACAACGGCAAGGCCAGCCGGCCGCAGUGACGGGCGCGGGGAGCCUUCCCCGAUGUGCGUUGCAUGUGCCUGUGAGGGGGGAGCAGGAGCCACGGCAGCCCCUGCUACGCCCUCCCGUGGCUCCUCCCCUCCGAUGUGUGAGGCCUGUGUGUGGUGUUUGAGGGGAGGGGGCCAGGGCUCAGAGAGGGCCCUGCUCACGGG